AUGCUCAUGAGUAUAUGUACACAAGAAUAAGCAUAGCCAGCAUGAGGUAUAUAUAUAUAUAUACACUAUAUUGCCAAAAGUAUUGGGACACCCCUCCAAAUCAUUGGAUUCAGGUGUUCUAACCACCUUCAUGGUCACAGGUGUAUAAAAUCAAGCACCUAGGCAUGCAGACUGCUUCUACAAACAUUUGUGAAAGAAUGGGUUACUCUCUCUUGAAUUUCAAGCGUGUUACUGUGAAAGGUUGCCACCUGUGCAAUAAGUCCAUCUGUGAAAUUUCCUUGCAACUAAAUAUUCCACGGUCAACUGUUAGUGGUGUUAUAACAAAGUGGAAGCAACUGGGAACAGCAGCAACUCAGCCAUGAAGUGGUAGGCCAUGUAAAAUGACAGAGCACACAGUGCACAGAAGUCGCCAACUGUCUGCAGAGUCAAUAGCUA